AUGAUUCUCGAUCUGGAACCGGGUAAGAACAGCCUAUAUGGUGCUUGCACUUUUUUGUUAAGAACCACAAUUGAGUCCAACUUUGUGGUUGCGAAUCAUGAGUCAUGUCGCGCGUAAAUAUACGUGCGUCAUCUGCAUUUUACUUCGUUUGUUUCCGCAUUUUCGUCUUCUCCGUACUCCGGACGGGGUCACAAGUCGGAAAACUUCGCUGAUCUGUGCUGUUUGACACCUCGCUAAUACCACUUCCGCUGCGCUACUUUAACUGCCGUUUGACGAUGUCGGCGGAGUCUCGUCACCGAGCUGUAAUAUUAACCCUAGUCUCCACACUGAAUCCUGUGCUUCCGAGCUAACAGCCUGGUUAAUGUUUUCUUGCAUAGGUGAGAAUGUCCACUAAGAACGGUGCUUGACACAAAGAGAAAGUCGUUUUUCUUGAAAGAACCAAACACUUUCAGCUUGCAUUCCGUGGAAAAAUCGGUUUUUUGGGAAUCAGGAAGGCUCUUGUUUAAGAACAUGAUUUCCGUAGGUCAUAACGAUGAAACAAAAUAUAACAGUUCAUGCUCAGAAGGUGACCUAGUGUCACCCCGAAAAUCUCCAACUUCAUUCUAUUUGCAAAGAAGUUACGGCGCAGACAAAAUCCGAGAUUCUUGAUCCACCGCCCGACUCCUGACUUAAUUGCCUGUAAUUUAAAUCUUUCGGUACAACUUGACACGCAGAUUGUGUAGCAGCAACAAAGGUCUGGACCGCGUGUUUGCCUAGUAGUUUAUCUACUAUAGAUCGCCUUAACGAAUAACGAAAGUUAGCUGUUGAUAUGACUAGAAUCAGUGUACUGAGGCAAAAUAGGAAAGAACUUGUCGAAACGCAGUUUCCUCGCUGGCUGACGGCCUUAUGAAAGACUCGUGUCCGUUCAGAAGGCCACAGGCUGGGGUUGUUUAAGUGUUGACCUACCCUUUUACGCCCCUUAUGUCGAUGAUCACGAUGGCCUGCCUCUACAUGUGCGCGUCGCGCGUGAUGCUAUAGUUUUUUCGCGCCGCUCCACGUUAGUGCUAUUCCGCCGAAGGUAAGAAGGUCGUUGUGCUUCGUCUCUUGGGGAUCAUGGAAACCGCUGGUCUGUCAGGAAGGACUGACCACCACCACCACCACCACCACCACCACCACCACCACCACCACCACCACCACCAGACUGCUUGACGCGCUCACAGCAGCUCAAAUUGGUGUACAUCAUUAUCUCAGGGCAAGACCUUUAGUGACCUGUUGCUUGUAACAGCGACAGACAACAUUAGUGAGUGCACAAUAGGUGUGGUUUUUAUGGACUGAAAUUGCUCUGCUGCCACAUGCCGCCAAAGUGACCAGUUACACAUCGCUGAUGGUCGUACGUGAUACAAUAUUUCCUUGAUUGUCAGCAUCUUGAUCGUUAUUGUGCAGGUUAAUGAGCCAUGGUGGUUAUUGAUAUGAUAAUUACGAUAGUGACUCACCGAUACCGUUAUUGGAAUUAGCGCUCGCCAAGGCGGUAAACGACUCCAGGCCUUUUCCGUUGUGGCAGCGAGUAUUUCAGCCACAUCACUUUGCACCUUAUAGUUUCCUUUGGUCUGUGUGCAACUGCAACUCCGAAUGACGCGAAAAGGCAACUGUCGGCCUCCCAGACGUUCUUCACGCAAGGCAACCAGUGCGAUUUAAUUCCUCUUCUCGUUUGCACAUGCACCUGUUGACUAAAUCGCGCGGGUGGCCGUUCACUGUGAGCACCCAUUUGGCAACCUUGUCUUUUGACUCAAUGCAGUUCAUCAAGACACGCCGGCAUCGCGCCCUCACGCAACUGCUUUCGUUGCCAGUUGGUCGGUUGCUGUUAAGGCUAAGUGUUUGAGUUAGUGAACAGACAGUGCAAUUGGUUAGAUGGGGAGGAAUAUGGGACCGUCAUCACGUUUGGAGAGGCCUCUUAUAGACGAUUAGGUGGCAAUUAUUUGUCUGUUGGAAUAUUUAAAGUCACUCAGCACCGCCAGGUUCACCACUCGCCGUCGCUAUUUCGACAUUAAUUUUGGCAAGGAACUCUACGGACCACACGGUCCAACCCCUGAGCUGUGUGAGGAUUGCUCAAGUAUUUGACAGAUUUCUGACUCGCCGUCUUACGCAUGCUGAUGGCGGCAAAACAUUGCGCAGUGAGCCUACAUUGCGCAUCAUCAGCAACACAAAAGUCAGCCGUCGCACACCUGACUGAAAGAGCCUUACAGCCUGCUCCACCCGACGCAGUUGAUUGCAUUUUACUCGGUGUUUCGUUGACAAGCGUCUAUAAUCAGGAGCUUGACCCGCUCCUGCCGACCACAGGCGUAACAGAAGCCUUGCUGGCGCUGAUGAAUGGCAGGUUAAAGUACUUCGAACGACUCAGGUAAACUCGGGGCAUUUAUCUAGAACUUGCUGAAGGCUUUUCCUCGCUUUCCUCUAACAGCCUGAUAUAAGUAUAUGUACUUUAUAUUUUUUGUUUCCCAGCUUGAAAAUUCUCAAGAUGUCACGCAUUUCUUGACGAACGAUGGUCUAGGCUUUUGACUCAACGGAACUCGCCUACCAAGGCUACCUGAUUGAGGUUCCCACUGAUUUCUCCUAGUUCUGAAAGGCAGAGUAAACUAGUUAAACAUCUGGCUACCCACAUUAUCACUCAGGCAAUGACAGUGACGUUUCUGACUCCCAAUGUACAAACGACGCUAUAUGUGUGUAGCCAAUACUGACCCGAUGAAUUUCGUCUUUUAAAAAUAUUUUGGUGGGAGUGGGGCAGCGCCGACCGUCUUGAAGGAGGACUUAGUUUCUUAUUUUCCCUAUCUCUGCAGAUGAUGAGCUGGACAACAAUCCCCGUGAAUCCGACAUCAUAGAGCAGGCCGCGGAGAUGCUCUAUGGCCUCAUCCACGCUCGCUACAUUCUCACAAACAGAGGCAUUAUGUUGAUGGGCGAGAAGUGGUUACAGGGUGACUUCGGAUACUGCCCAAGGGUAAGGGUUCCCAGUUUUGGCUUUGGUUAUUUAUUAUCAGAGAUAACCAUGCGAAACUCAAGUCUAGCUUUGAAGGGUUUGAAUCUGUACUAUGCGUUACGAGAAUAUGCGGAUGUUUCUGCAUUUAUGCCCGUUCAAAUGACAUGACUUCUAACUAUACCAGACCACAGUAAAGGAUAUGCAUAAAAACAAAGAUAUGGUGUCCGAUAUUGACGCUUAUUAAAAUUAGAAGAAACCAACAUCCCGGUCUAUCCCGCCUAAUUCCUACCAAAGUUUUCAGUUACUUCCUUUUUGCCACAGCUGUUCAAAUGCACCACAUCCCAAUGCAAUUUUGUUUCCGCUGCCCGGAGCACACACGCUCGAUUCUAUUCACAGUUCACGAGUGUUCUAACCCCCCUUCUUCCAAAACUCGCUGCACGACCUGGCGAUGAGUUGGUUAACAGCCGUUUAAGCAAUUAUCUAUGAAUUAUCAGUCCCUUAUGUUGAUGAGAGCACCCCACAUCAUGGUGUUUCUCGAUGUCCUGUCAGACUAUUACUUGUUUUUGCUUUUGAGCAGGAAGUCAGUCUUUCCAGGUCACCCGGAAUAUUUAAGAUAGUCCACACUCGCUGCGACAUCGCGAGGAUGUCUGAGGUUAUCCAAGAAAGAUGACCGAGUUUAUUUGGGCAUGCCUUUCAUCGUCCGCCACGUGAGCUCAGCGUUGCUGCCCUCGAUCCGCCGCUGUUGUUCACCUGGGGGCACCGAAGGGGGGCCAAAUCAAAACCUGUCUCGACACUGUUCGUCAAAGCGUGAAAGUGGUUCUUGCAUCCUCGGCAUUCAGUCCCCAUCGCCGGGAGGUAGAAUGGGUCGAACUGUCCCGACUCGCUGCCGUGGAUCGUCACGCGUAGAGAGGUACAAUCUGUGACACCAUCGAGGGCGGCUAGGUCCAGCAUUAUCACAGCAGUACCAAGCACAAGUUCGCGCGUCCAGGUAACCGCCGUGGUGCUUGCGUUUGGCAGCACACCAUAGGCGUUAAAUUUUAUGCCCCAUCAGUCACUUUGCCGAAUUCCGUUACCCGUUGGCACACAGACUCGGACACUCGGCUGGUGCAUGAAAAGAGCGGAAACAGCGAGUGAGGCCGACAUCGGGAAACAGGUCAUCACAGGAAAUCAGCGCAUUCCUCACCACAACCAGUCGAGUGAAGUUUGAUCUACCACGACGCUCUAAGAGUCAUGGUUUGAAAGGCUGCCAACUGACAUGGUCACUCUCAGGACCGAGAGUCAGGCUACAAUGGCUUUCCCAGUCGUCCUGACGUUGUCCUAUGAUCGGAGCAAUGUGGGUGACGGAGUAUUCUGCGUCAGAUGCUGCGCAAAUCUGCCUCACUAUAGAAUAAUUUACGCCCAGGUCACCGGUACUGCGCAUACUCCGUGGAGCACACGAUGGAUGCCGCUGUGACGGUCAAAGAAAUGGUUUUCUGCAGUACUUGGAUUCGAGAAUGCAUGUCGGCGGGAACCUAUUGGCGUGUGAACCUUCUAGGUUUUUUUUGUCAGUUAAAUUUCUAGGGUUAACCGAUUUGACGGAUCGGUGUCUACCCACGCCUGAGUUGUUUUGUUACUGCAUUGUCUGCAACUGCCUAGUUGUUAGGAUCGAGGGCUUGCAUACUUCUCAGCUUCUCUUAGCUAAUGAGCGUCCUCCGACUACGCCGCAACUAGGUCAGCGGAUUGGCCUUCCGGAACUGAAUGACAGGUCUACCCUUCGUAUCUAACUAACGUCCGUAAAUUGUGUGGUCGUGGUGCUGCUUUGCACCGAAGGCGUCAAAACCGCUAGUAGCUAGCGCUUCUGAAUGUCUGAUUGUAAUGCGAUGCGUGCUUAGGCCACUAUUCCCUACCUUCCCGUCGCUCUUGUUGCAUGUCAGUCCGUGGAAACAAAAAAACUGUCUGUUUAAUAACUGUAGGCAGAGUAACGUUACCGACAAAGACAAGGGAGUUAAUAGAAGCGAAGAGGCGAGUUCCAGGAAGUAUUUGCUCAGAAGGAGACACGAUCGCUGUAAACCUGACGUUUCGGAUCUUCACUCGAAUUCAUCAUCACACACAGAGCCAGAUGAGGGUGUUAAGUUGCCCAGGUAUUGCAGUAUUUAUAGGAUGUGUCUGCUAGGUCUCUACAUGCCUACCACAGUUUGCAGCUCCCGAAUGCAUCUCGGCUCGACUGGCCGGCACACAAGCGCAUAGCAACUGCAUACUUCAAAUCUGGCCAGUGGAGCCGUGAUGCACUCGGGAGUUGCCAACUGUGAUAGGCAUGUAGCUGCCUAGCGACUACAUCCUAUAAAUACUGCAACGCUUGGGCAAUCCACUUCCCUUAUCUGACUCUGUCUCUAAUGAUGAAUUACAGCGAGAAUCCGAAACGUCAGGCUAAUGAAGCUCUUGUCCCAGCGAUCGUGACUAGAGAGAUCGGAAUGGAUACUUUUGGCUUAUCAGCCGUCAUCAGCCAGCCACACCCAACCUCUGAGGCUCGAACCCGCGACAAAUUGGUUAGAAGUCCAACAACCUCAAGAAUUAGACACCGGCUCGUAGUCCUGUCAUUCUGCCUAGUUGCUGAGCGGCUGCUGGUGGGACUCGAGAUUGAACCCGAGGGCACAUCAGGACGAGUGCCUCCUGCAACAUGAUCGGUGGGCGUCCCGCAUGGUGGCUGUGUUUACCCUUUUUAAUUUCCGACUUGCAGGUCUACUGUGAGAAUCAACCCUGUCUGCCAAUUGGCCUGUCUGACGUGCCUGGCGAGGCCAUGGUUAAGAUCUACUGUCCCCGCUGCCAAGACGUUUACGCGCCCAAAUCGACCCGCCAUCAUCACACGGAUGGAGCCUACUUUGGAACCGGAUUCCCACACAUGCUCUUUCUCGUGCACCCUGAGUAUCGCCCCAAGAGGGCACCUAAGCACUUUGUCGCGAGGUAAGUGUGCGUUCGAGUUCUGCAGUUUCUUUCACUGGCACCCGGUGCCUUGAUGCAUGGUUUGGCCAUGUCAUCAGGCACCCCACUUCGGCCCUAUAGCAAUGUCCAACGCUGCGGCUAAAUCUCCCAGUAACCGCCUUGGCUGUUGGAAUAAAUCAGGUGGAAGUGGCUGGUGUCCGUGCAGCCGGUGAAUGUGUGAACCCUGGUUCGAUCACUUGGGAUACAGCACUCGUGCGGUCACAUGCAUAAUGCUCGCUCGGCUACUACACCCCACCUCAUCGCCAACAUUGCCGUUCCAACACGAUGAGGGAGAAGGGAGAGGGUGAAUCAAAAUGCGCACAAGUCCUUUCCACUGAUACUCGAUUCAUCCUCUUCACCACUGUGGUAUUCAGCCCAGAAGAGGACCGACAGCGGUUACCAAACCCCGACUUGGUAGGCAUCAAAACCAGCGCACAGAUUGCGACAAGACGCCCGGUCUGGCGUCACGCUCAGUGAUUUUAUUCAGACUUGCCUCUGCACUCGAAGAGAAUGAGAAGGGCGAAUGCGCGGUCUGCUUCUUCUGAGAGCGACCAGAAGGGAUAAAUGACGCCAAGUAUCUAGUCUCAUCUCUGGGCCGGUGCCCACCAUUUGAGUAUUGUGCGGAUGGAGUAGCCAGGCGUGGCCGCUGUCGCUCAAAUCUUACUACGACGUGAUCCGUGCUUAGGUCAUUGCCUACCUGGAAUGAUGCAUGAACUGUCCUACCAAUGCAUUUGCUAAUACCACACACGACCUGUUGUCCGAAUUGAAACAUUACCAGAAAGCACUUUUGUCCCUCAGUUCUACCCCGACUGGCGGUAGCUUUUAGUCUACCUGCUUCUGUGCCUGUAGUGAUGCGAAUUUGCAGUUUUCUAUAGAAGGAUCAACAGAAGUCCUGCUUUACUAGUAGAAAGUGUCGGUAGGAAUGGCUGACUCAUCAUAGCUACAAAUUGCAUGCGCGCAGGACAUCUUACAGAAGCCGGUUAUUUCAAACUGGUAUAUCGAAAACGCAGGACCGGACUCGCUCAAACAUCAAAGGAACACAUUUGAGAUCCUACCCGAUCUCUCGCCUCCCAGCCAGUGUGUGGCAGUGUCGCGUAGUCGAUGGCGAUUUCCAUCUAAUCCUCCCGUAUUUAUGUUUCGAUACGUAUCAGCUUUGUCACAAACUUCCCGCCACUUUCCCCUUGACUACUAUAGAAUCCUUGCCUUUUGCAGAUUGUACGGCUUCAAGGUUCAUCCACUGGCCUACCAAAUGCAGUACCAAGCUGCCGCAAACUUCAACGCACCCUUGCGGAGCAGUGGUUUUGGCAAGCGCUAG